AUGUCUCAUUCUAGAAGGCUUUCGCUAGAACCUGCUAUAGACCCAAUUACAGGACGAUUUCGUGAUUCCUUGAGUUUGCAGAGAGACGAUGACGUCAACAAACCCGAUUUCCGAGAACUCGAUCUGGGUUCUCCGGUUUCUACCUUAAUGCCACGUGUCUCCCCAUCCUCCUCCUCCUCUGCCGCAGCGACUCCCACUAGCAGCUCCGGCUCCUCCGGCUCUGCUUCUGGCAAACCGUCGGUGACUUCUCAGAUGGGUAAGAGCCACUCCGGCGAGAUUUCGAGCUCCGUUGUACCCGGAUCCGGAAUGCCGACCUCCCGGAAUCUUAAACCGGGUCACCGGAGAUCCUCUUCGACUGGAACGCCGUUGAUCUUCUCCGGCUCUAGCUUCUACUCAGCAACGAGCCAUACCUCCGGUGGCGGCAGUGGCGCGACGUCGGCAGUGUCGCCGAGUCCCAGCGUUUUACCCGCCGGCAACAUUUGCCCGUCGGGUCGGAUCUUGAAAACCGGAAUGGCGACUCGGACCUCAAGCAGAACCGAGACUCUCUGCACAGGAACCGGAAAUUACGGGCACGGAAACGUCGUACGAAGCGGCGGAGGAAGCAACGGAAAGCAGAGUAACGCGGCGGCGAGAGCGGCGGAAAACGGUGAAAACCCGGAGGAGUUGAAGAGACUGGGGAACGAUAUGUACAGAAGAGGGAAGUUCUCCGAAGCUCUUUCGCUUUACGACAGAGCAAUCUCAUUGUCACCGGAGAAUGCAGCUUACAGAAGCAACCGUGCCGCUGCGUUAACGGCGUCAGGACGUUUAGGAGACGCCGUUAAAGAAUGCCUUGAAGCUGUCAGGCUUGAUCCGUCUUACUCCAGAGCUCACCAAAGACUAGCUUCACUCUAUCUCAGAUUGGGAGAAGCUGAGAAUGCAAGGCGUCAUCUUUGUUUUUCCGGGCAAUGUCCGGAUCAAGCCGAUCUCCAACGGCUACAGACGCUGGAGAAGCAUCUCCGACGAUGCUGGGAGGCUCGGAAGAUCGGAGAUUGGAAAACCGCCAUUAAAGAAACUGAUGCAGCCAUUGCAAACGGCGCUGAUUCGUCUCCUCAGCUCUUAGCUUGUAAAGCCGAAGCCUUUUUGCGUCUUAACCAAAUAGAGGAUUCGGAUUUUUGCCUAUCUUGCAUCCCAAGAUUGGAUCAUCAUCAACAUUACCAUUUUCAACCACAGUCGAAACUCUUUGGUAUGGUAGCUGAAGCUUAUGUGCUCUGUAUCCAAGCUCAAGUUGAUAUGGCAUUAGGAAGAUUUGAGAAUGCUGUUGUAAAGGCAGAGAGAGCUGCGAUGCUCGAUCAGACCAACCCCGAGCUCGUGUCGGUUUUAAACAACGUGAAGAUGGUUGUGAAGGCACGUACUCGCGGGAAUGAGCUGUUUAGUUCAGGGAGAUUCUCCGAAGCGAGCGUGGCUUACGGAGACGGUCUCAAACACGACGGUUCCAACUCGGUUUUGUACUGCAACAGAGCGGCGUGUUGGUAUAAACUCGGUUUGUGGGAGCAAUCUGUUGAAGACUGUAACCAAGCCCUCAAAAUCCAUCCUAAUUACAUCAAGGCACUUUUACGAAGGGCUGCUUCUUAUGGGAAGCUUGGUCGAUGGGAAGAUGCGGUUAGAGACUAUGAGUUCGUGAGAAGGGAGCUUCCAGGAGACAGCGAAGUUGCAGAGUCUCUAGAGAGAGCGAAAGCCGCGGUAAUGAACAGAAGUCAAGAAUCGAAAAGCUUAGGAUUCAAUAACGAAGUUGAAGCGGUUUCGACUUUGGAUAAGUUCAAGAACGCGGUAACACUUCCCGGUGUCUCUGUGUUUCAUUUCAAAUCAUCAUCAAACCGACAAUGCGAAGAAAUCUCUCCCUUCAUCAACACUUUAUGCCUCCGGUAUCCAUUAGUACAUUUCUUCAAGGUGGAUGUGGAGGAGAGCUUGGCGUUGGCGAAGACAGAGAGUAUCAGAAAAGUUCCGACAUUUAAGAUGUACAAGAACGGAGACAAAGUGAAGGAGAUGAUUUGUCCGAGCCACCAGUUUCUAGAGGACUCUAUAAAGCAUUUCCUCUUAUAA